GACUACGAGUCUCGAUCUCGUGCGGCUAGCUAGCUCCGCGACGGCGGUGUAUUGAACUAAAGCUAUCGUUAGACAGUGUGCUGGAGUCAUGACUUAAAAUUGUAAGCUGCACGAUGGAAGAUCACAUAACAAAGCGUGGAGCCUACAAAAGAUAUAGAGAAGGUGGGAUUCCAAAGUCUACCAUACACAGUUGGAAGCUUUCGGGUAAAAAAAUUUGUGCAGACCAUGCGGAAGUUGAAGUUGAAUUACGUCAGGAACAAGACCCACAGAAAAAGGUUGAUGUUGUACCAGAAGUUGAACUCUAUGUAAUAUCUGAUUCUGAUUCAGAUCAGGACCUACAUGUAGCUCUUAGGUCUGAAUCACAGACAAAACUGGAUUGGGAACCAGAGCCUGAUAUGCACAUGGAAAAUGGAUCGCAAAAAGAGUCAGAUACAAUUUCGGAGACAGAGUCUGAUAUCGAAUCUAGUCUAGAAGGGCAAUUUCAUGAGCCUGGUUCAGAAUCUGAUCGAGAUUCUGAUCAUGAACUGGAACCAGAUCCUGAUUAUGACUUUGAGCCGGAGCGAGAUCCUGAGCGGGAACCUGAUCCUGAUUAUGACUUGGAUCCUGAGCCGGAGCAAAAUCCUGAGCGGGAAUCUGAUACUAAUUAUGACUCGGAUCCUGAGCCGGUGCGAGAUCCUGAGCCGGAGCCUGAUCCGGAGCCUGAGCCGGAGCCUGACCCUAAUCCUGAACCUGAUCCAGAGACUGAUGGCAGUGACAAUGAAUCUUCUGAUGGCAGGAAUGAUUUUCCAAGAGAUAACGGAGAGAAACCACUGUACGACGGUUCUGAGGUCACCAUAGAUCAAGCCAGAGUACUUUUACUGUCAUAUAUUUUUAAGCACAAUGUAAGUGGUGUAGGUCUGAAAGAUUUGUUAUUUAUGCUAGACAUCUUCUUUCCUGGGGUUCUUCCUCAAUCGAAAUAUAUCUUUCUUAAAGAAUUUUCUAACAUAACCAAUAUAGUGUACCACAUCACAUGCAGUUAUUGCAGUGCAUAUAUUGGGUGCAGAAGUGUAAUAGGAGAAGUAGGCAAUUGUCCACAAUGUGAAAGGCAGUUUUCUUGUAAAGAGAAUAUUGUUAGUGAUAAUUUUUUUGUUACAAUACCAUUGAAAGAGCAGCUCCAGAGUCUCUUAGAAGGUUAUGAUAGGAACAAAAUGAUAUCACAUAGAACGAGACCAGGUGUCAUUAAAGACAUGUGCUCAGGGGCUGAAGUAAAGCGAAUGGUACAGGAAGGAAAUUUGCAUGACUCUGACAUUACCCUUACCCUUAACAUUGAUGGUGUUCCAGUGUUCAAGUCAUCAACUCGUUCUCUAUGGCCAAUUCAAUGUAUAGUAAAUGAGCUGAUGCCAGAGGAUAGGAGACGUAAUAUAUUAAUUACAGGGCUGUGGUUUGGUUCUAAAAAGCCAAAGAUGAACGCCUUUUUGAAACCACUAAAUGAGGAAUUACAGGAAUUGGGUACAAAUGGAUUUAGGUGGAAAAGCUCCACAGGGGAUGUUAUCAACAGUCGUGUUUUUUUGGGAUGUUCUUCUUGUGAUGCUGUGGCUAGGCCUGUAGUUAGAAACUGCAUGCAGUUCAAUGGCCAAUAUGGAUGUGAUUGGUGUCGCCAUCGUGGAGAGCGUCUUCCAAAAGGAGAUGGCUUUGUGCGUUGCUUUCCAUUUACAUAUCCUGAACCAGAGUUGCGUACAUUAGAGUCUCAUCGUGAAGAUGUUAUUAGGGCAGUAGAAUCAGGCGAACCAGUGCAUGGUGUGAAGGGCCCUUCAGUCUUGAUGGUAAUGCCCAACUUCAAUAUUGUAGAAGGUUUCAUUGUUGACUACAUGCAUUGUGUCCUCCUUGGUGUAGUCAGACAGUUUGUCAAUCUAUGGCUGGACAGUACCAAUCACAUACACCCAUGGUAUAUUGGAAAUAAAAUAACCCAAAUAGAUGCCAAACUGUUGAGGAUUCACCCACCUGCGGAAGUAACAAGAGCUCCUAGAAGUCUAUCGACAAGACAUUUCUGGAAGGCUUCUGAGUGGAGAUCCUUUCUUUUGUUUUACUCUCUUUUGAUUUUACAGGGGAUACUCCCAGCACAAUUUCUGGAACACUGGUUCCUUUUGGUACAUGCAGCCUAUACUCUGCUACAGAACGAGCUACAUGUUGAAGAUGUUCAUAAAGCAGAGCUAACCCUGAAGAAGUUUGUCAUCCAGACUGCUUCAUUGUAUGGAAGAGAAUACGUAUCAUUUAAUGUCCACCAAUUGUGUCAUUGGUCACAAAGCGUGUAUUCUUGGGGACCUGCCUGGAGUCAUUCUGCCUUUCCUUUCGAAGGAAAUAAUCAACUUCUUCUCAGGUUGAGUCAUGGAACCCAGAACAUUGUGACACAGAUGGCUCACAACUUCCAAUUACACCAGACCACAAGAAAGCUUGCAAAGAAGUGCAUGUCAGAUGCAACAGGCAAAUGUGUGGAACUUUAUGAACAGUUGACUCACACAGGGUCAUACAGACCUGUUCAGCGAAGGAUGAUUGGCAAAGUUGAGCUUUUGGGCAAGUCAAAUAUCUUAAGAAUGGAUGCAAGGCAUCAUAUUGCUAUCGAGCAUCUUAUUGGAGAACAGCUUCAUUGUGUGAAUGCCACUUAUUGGAACCGCUUCCAGUACGAGGGAAGACUGUACCAUAGUCAAAGUUACAGCAGAUCAAAUAAAAGGAACAAUUCAGUUUUCAAACGAAGGGAUGGCCAGUUCUGUUGUAUUCAGACUAUUACCGUAGUGAAACUUGCCUGUCACUGUGAUGUUGGCCAGUGUGACUGUGUGGGAACACCUGUAGUCAUUGUUCGUGUAUUAGAAAGGACUGCCGGGGCUCAGUUUGCCGAUAGGCAGCUUGCUAUUGAAAGUCACAUUAGUCAUGUGAUGCAGGUGAGAUCUCCUCUUGAGGCAGUUUUCGUGGAAAACAUUGAGGAGAAAUGUGUUGUCUGCAAUCACACUGGUGACUCACUUUAUGUGACUUCUCUCCCAAAUAGACAUGAAAGAGACUAAACCUUUUGAACGGUGAACAUAAUAUAUGAUUAUCUGGUUAUCGUCUUCAGCUGUGAUUAACUAAUUGACAAUUUGCAUAGUUGAUUUUUCACAUUAAGUACUAAACCUUUGUGUUGCACUUUCUUUCCAAUAUGACUCUACAUUAGUUCAAAUAAAAAACAUUUUGCAUUUGUGUGGAUAUUAGCUAGCUUCCUGAUUGUAGUGCAGAACACAACAUUCCACACAAAGAUUUAAAGAUAUUGGCUUAAUCU